UCAAGGGAAAAAAAAAAAAAAAGUUGGACCGUAGGAUCGCCAGAUCAUGCGGCCGAAAAUGGCUGCACCAAAAUGAGCAUGGGUAAAUCCAAAAUGGCCGAGGAGGGCGAUGAUGCUUGCCCGGCUGAAUCCAAAACGGGGCCGCCGGCAACGAAAGGCAAGGGGACCCAGUCUCCUCAGCCCGACGGUCCAAGGUCAGACACGGAAGGAGAGAAAGGGGUAGAAAAGGAUAUCCCCCUAACCGAGGCCCAGGGUGUGGAGAAGUUAACUGAAAAAGCGACUGAUAAAGCCCCGGGAGGGGAAGGGGAACUGGAGAAGGCGGGUAAGAACUGUCCCCGCCCAGACAAAGAAAUGAAAGAUGCGGGGGAGGAGGUAAAAGGGAAGGAAGAUGACCCGGGUGCCCGGGCUGAGGAAACGGAGGGAGCAUGUCAGAAAGGGAUGGGGGAUGGGAAACCAUCUCCAACCCCUUACAAGGAUGCUCUCUGCACCCCCUUUGCCAAAGUGACAAGCAAAAAGAAGACCAAGACAAGGAAAAAGAAGGAUGCCAAGGCAAAACCAACGAAGGAGUGGAGACGAAAUUCAAAAGUUGAACUCCCACAAGAGAAGAAAGCCCCGGGGGAUCAGUUAGAGGAAAGGGAGGAGGGGUAUGAGAGGGCGACACACGAAAAACAGACGUUAACGAGGGAGAAUUGGAGGGUUGAUAAGGAAGAAGCAAGGAAGGAAAGGGAACAGGAAAAGCAAGGAAGUACGAGCGAAGAAAUGACAAGGAAAGUGAUUCAGGAUCCCUUGAGCCCAACUAAUUUCUCCCCAAUGACAUCUGAACGGAAUUUAACUCCCCUCAACAGGGAGAGGAUGUCUGGUCAAAGCCCCAAGGCCCCAACCCCAGGCCUAGCCACAGACCCAGAACAUGCGCUGGCGGGCACAAAACUGUCUGAAGAAAAGGGGGAAGCGGUGGAAACACUUGCCCACCUCUUCACAGGAACGACGCCUCACAUCUCAGUAUAUAACAACGAGAUAUACGAGGAAGUACAAUCCGAAGAGGAAACAAACAUAGACUAUGGUCUGCAGAGGAACUCGGGUGUUCGAAAACUUACCUCGGACGACGAAGAUGGGAACACAAGUUCAGACAGGCACAAUGUCGAGGAAAUCGAGGACGAGCCGGAGCAGGAGUUUUACUCUACACGGAAGGAAUGUUCAAUACACCGGAGAAAGAUGUAGGAUCUACUGGUAAACAACAGCCGUUUAUUUUCUCUUCUCCGGCUCCGAAGGUUCCCUUCACGAACUCUGCUAAGGAACAGUCGAUUUCGGGUACUCUCGUACCACUUUCAUCAGUAAAAAGGCCCAGAAUUGAAAGGUCAGCCCGGAUAACUAUACGGGGUGAAGACGAGGGAGGUGGAGGAACUGAGGAAAUUGCUCGAAGUUCUCCUCUGAAAAGAGGAAGAUCUCAGACCUCCCGUCCAGCCCAACGAUCAUUGGCACUAGCAGCUCCCAUGCGAACUUUAUCUCGAGGAGAUAAGGCAAAGGGUAUGGUUCCAGAUUACCUUAUCCCCCUCAUCUGCUCACACGACAGACAUAAACCCAGAUUUAGGACGAUUAUGAGCAGGGAUGAAACUUUGCUUUUACCAUCAAUUCAACUACGUAAUACCCCUUCUCCAAUCAUGAUAUGUAAUUUGAUAAAAAUUCAAAUACUCCAGAACUUGGGUGAAGUGGGGUUGCUCCCAGAACCAAAGACAACACGCCACUUGAUAGAUAUGCCUGAAGGGGGUAAGGCGAGACUGAUGUUUGUGUUCGCAGACCUGUCAUACAUAACGGAUAACAAAGCCAAAUGAGACGA